UCGUUCGUUCACAUUAUAACCAUUCUUCGUUCUUUGUCGAUCACAGCACGAGGAGUUCAAAAAUAAAAGACCUGCUCUACUCAAAGGACUCUGCUUUAAAGCUCUAACCAAUUAAAAUGAAGUUGAUUUCUUGGAAACAUCGCGGAGCGGAAAUGCUUAAGUCGGGCCUGUUUUCAGAUAUAUGCAUUCUCGUCGGGGAUUCGAAAUUCCCUUGUCACCGAUUUAUGCUGGCCCGUACCUCGGAGUUCUUUGAAAAAUUGUUUCAAAGAGAUGGAGUUGACUCGGGAGAAGUGCGUUUGGAGGACACGGAACCCGAGGUGUUUCAAAUAAUUCUGAAUUUUAUUUACACAGAGGAAAAGGAGCUCUUUAAGAACCUUGAUUACACAAUUUUAUUAAAAAUUGUGCAAGCUGCUCAUAUGUGGCUUAUAAGGGAAGUGGAAGAAUUUUGCACUAAUAUACUUGGAACAUUAGCGGUAUUUAUGAAACCGGAACUAUUGAUGGAAUUGUAUGCGGGAUUUUACCUUCUUGAUAACAAGAUUUUCUUGGAUGGUAUUAUUGGGCUUCUUCAAAAGCGAUCUGUUAGUGACGCAACCUCUUUAAUAAUGGAACUAGGAUAUGAUUGUCUCAAAGAUUUUGUUCAGAAGUCUUCAAAAAUCUUCUCUGAAAGUGAACGCUUUGCCAUGGUUGAAAGUUGGAUUCAGAAACAUGCAAAACAACCUAAUUCCACGGAUGAAUACGUUUCUAUAUUAAGUUCCAUCGACUUUAAGAAAAUGACCGUCCAACAAUUUCGGGACGGGCCGGGAAAAUCAAAGCUGUUGGCUGACGUUGACAAGUACGAAAUAAUGACGGAAAUCGCUACAAAAGAAAUAAAACGCUCUAAAAUAAUCACAGAAGUCAUGAAGCUUAUAACUAAUUCUGGAACUCAUUCUUUUAUAAUCGCUGAAGUAAAUGUUGACAAAAUCUGGUACCAAUAUGGAUCUUAUGAGAGAAUGACCAUUGAGGAAUGGAGCAAUAUUCGUAAAACUAAAAUGAAUGUAAAUACGAUGAAUUCAAGACUUACUGAGGUCAUAUUUAUGAAUAAAUAUCAUUUCUACGCCAUAAAGUCAAAUUUUAUUAUAUUUACCGAUAAUAACUGUUUCCCAAUACAUAAACUUAAUUUAGAUAGUCAAAUGUUUUGAC